CUUCAGGCAGAAGUGAACUAAAAUCCUCUCUCAUUCAUCACCACAAUGCCAUUUUCACAUUCUCUCUCCUCUUUCUCUCUCCUCACAUACUCAACCCACCUCCACCACCACAAAUCCACCAUUAUCUAUCCACCAAACCCAUCAAAUUCUAAGUCUCUGUUCAUCAAAGCCUCCAUAGACAAACCAUCCAACACAAACAACAAACCCACCACCGCAGCCAAACCGGGCUCAUGGGUCAGCCCAGACUGGCUCACCACCUUAACCAAGUCCCUAACCGUUGGUCAAGACGACUCCAACAUACCCAUUGCAAGUGCCAAGCUCGAAGAUGUCUCUGACCUUCUGGGUGGUGCUCUUUUCCUCCCAUUGUUCAAGUGGAUGAAUGAAUGUGGACCCAUUUACCGCCUCGCUGCAGGGCCGAGGAAUUUCGUGGUGGUCAGUGACCCUGCCAUUGCCAAGCAUGUGCUAAGGAAUUAUGGCAAGUAUGGUAAGGGUCUUGUCUCUGAGGUCUCUGAGUUCUUGUUUGGUUCAGGCUUCGCCAUUGCUGAAGGCCCACUUUGGACGGCAAGGCGCAGGGCUGUGGUUCCCUCACUUCACAAGAAGUACUUGUCAGUAAUAGUUGAUCGAGUCUUCUGCAAAUGUGCUAAGAGAAUGGUGGAGCAGCUAAAAACGGACGCACUCAAUGGAUCUGCUGUAAACAUGGAGGGAAAAUUUUCUCAGCUGACUCUGGAUGUUAUUGGCCUUGCAGUAUUCAACUACAAUUUUGAGUCCCUUGCUGCUGAUAGUCCUGUAAUUGAUGCAGUUUACACUGCAUUGAAAGAAGCAGAGCUCCGUUCAACUGAUCUAUUACCAUAUUGGAAGAUUAAAGCAUUGUGCAAAAUUGUCCCAAGACAAAUUAAGGCUGAACAAGCAGUUACAUUGAUUAGAAGCACUGUUGAGGAACUCAUAUCAAAGUGUAGAGUGAUUGUGGAAACUGAGGGUGAAAGGAUUAACGAUGAGGAGUAUUUAAAUGAAACAGAUCCAAGCAUUCUUAGAUUCUUGCUUGCUAGCAGAGAAGAGGUUUCCAGUGCACAAUUGCGAGAUGACCUUUUGUCAAUGUUGGUUGCCGGCCAUGAAACCACUGGUUCAGUAUUGACUUGGACAUCAUAUCUUCUAAGUAAGGACCCUUCUUCUCUCAUGAAAGCGCAGGAAGAAGUUGACAGAGUUUUACAGGGACGGUCUCCUACCUUUGAAGACAUUAAGAACCUAAAAUUCUUGACACGCUGCAUAAACGAAUCAAUGCGUCUGUACCCACAUCCUCCUGUGCUGAUCAGAAGAGCACUAGUUGCUGACGUGCUCCCUGGAAAUUACAAGGUUAAUGCUGGUCAGGAUGUAAUGAUUUCCGUAUAUAAUAUCCAUCAUUCACCACAGGUCUGGGAAAGAGCAGAGGAGUUUGUGCCAGAAAGAUUUGAUUCAGAAGGCCCGGUGCCUAAUGAAACAAAUACUGAUUUCAGAUUCAUCCCAUUCAGUGGAGGGCCUCGUAAAUGUGUUGGUGAUCAAUUUGCUUUGUUGGAAGCAAUUGUUGCUCUUGCAGUCUUUGUGCAGCAUAUGAACUUUGAGUUGAUUCCUGAUCAGAACAUUAGCAUGACAACAGGAGCCACUAUACACACAACCAAUGGCUUGUACAUGAAAGUGACCCAGAGGCAAACUCAAUCUGCAUUUGCUGCAUCAAUUUCUGCUAGGUAAGAUUGUGUGCUUUGUAUAUAGGUAGCAAAAAUCCAAAGUGACAGGGUACGAUGCCAUAGUGAAGGAAAAUAUACCCCUCAAGGUUCUCAUUCUUUGAUCCACAAAAUGCCUACUCAUUGUGCAUCUGAUGACACAAAACAAUAAGGACCGAUUUUGUAAGCCAUUAACAAAAGACUUGCUGUGCUUAAUGCCCAUGUCUAGGCUUUCCUUGGCCAUUUGAGUGUUAAUUGCUAUUAUUUGCACCCUUAUCUCUAAUUAUCUUGUUGGAAACUUGUAUCUUUGUUUUAAUCCACCAUAUCUUACAAGGGAUUUGUUGAUACAUCUUGUUCUUUAUAGCGUUUGUCUUCAUUUCUGCUAAGAAGAGCAAGUUCAAGUAUUUUCGAUACAUGGUAAUUUAAUUUUCCAUAUGAGAGUGAUG